AUGUCUGCCGAAGCCGCUGUUUCCUACGCUGCCUUAAUCUUAGCUGACGCUGAACAAGAAAUCACUUCUGAAAAGUUAACUGCCAUCGCUAAGGCUGCUGGUGCCAACGUUGAAGACGUUUGGGCUUCCAUCUACGCCAAGGCUUUAGAAGGUAAGAACUUAAAGGAAUUAUUAUUCUCCUUCGCUGCCUCUGCUCCAGCUGCUGCUUCUGGUGCUGCCGCUUCUGGUGCUGCCACUGGUUCUGCUUCCGAAGCUGCUGCCGAAGAAGAAGCUGAAGAAGAAAAGGAAGAAUCUGAUGAUGACAUGGGUUUUGGUUUAUUCGAUUAA